UGUACAAUGGUAUUUCCUACAACUACACGUCAACAUUUUCUCUAGGCUAAAGCUUACUACUUUAUGAAUUUAUUUUAACAAGCUUUCAGAGGUUUCGUCUUCAUAAUCGGGACUUGCUUUAUCAAAGGGAAAAUGAAGGCAAAGAGUCAGCGGGAAUACCUGGACAUAACGUCAGAGCAGUGGGAAAUCGGAUUUGAUCGCUACAUAGCUGUCUGUUGAAUCAGGGGUUGUAAGACAUCACAUCCACCACCACCAUGCCAGAAGGGGAGGUACACCAGAGGAAGGGGAAGUCCAAGAAGUCCAAGUCAAAGGGCAAGGGGAAAGGCCAAGGUGGCAGUGCCAGCCCCAAGGCGGGAACCUUAGAUGGGCAAGAUGAGCUGCCAUUAUUGCCCCCCAUCCAGCCCGUCAAGAAGGCUGUGGAGGAGAAGGUGGCCGUGGCCAAGGUGGAAGAAGAGUCGUCCAUUUUCAUCGGUCUCCAGGUGAUGUUUCCCUACCUGCUGGCUGGGAUGGGGAUGGUGAUGGCUGGGAUGGUGCUGGACAGUGUCCAGCAUUGGGAGGUGUUUAAGGUCAUCACAGAGAUUUUCAUCCUGGUUCCAGCUCUGGUGGGACUGAAGGGCAACCUGGAGAUGACCCUGGCUGCUCGCCUCUCCACUGCAGCUAACACUGGACAGAUGGAUGACCCCAAGCAUCAGUGGACGAUGGUGUGCAGCAACCUGGCUCUCAUUCAGGUUCAGGCCACGGUGGUGGGCUUCCUGGCUGCCGUGGCAGCCAUAUUACUAGGGGCCAUGUCUAGAGGUGGGGUGGAGCUGGACCAAGCUGCUGUGCUCUGUGCCAGCAGCAUCAUCACUGCAUUCGUGGCAGCACUGUCUCUAGGUCUGGUAAUGAUUGGGGUGAUCAUUGGCGCCAGGAAAGUGGGCAUCAACCCAGACAAUGUGGCCACACCCAUCGCUGCCAGUCUGGGAGAUCUAAUCACACUGUCCCUGCUGGCUGGAGUCAGUACUAUACUCUACCAGUACCGAGACGUCUGGUACCUGUCUCCCCUGUUGUGUGUGUUCUUCCUGGCUCUGAUCCCUCUGUGGGUGGUGGUGGCCCGGAAGAGCCCUCAAAUCAAAGAGGUCCUCGUCUCUGGCUGGCAGCCUGUCCUCGUAGCCAUGUCUAUAAGCAGUUUUGGGGGACUCAUAUUGGACAAGACUGUUAGCGACCCUAACUUUGAGGGGAUGGCCGUCUUUACACCCGUCAUAAAUGGUGUCGGAGGAAACUUGGUGGCCAUCCAGGCCAGUCGGAUCUCAACCUACCUUCACUUCUGGAGCAUGCCUGGAGUCUUGCCCUAUAAGAUGAGACAGCACUGGCCCAGCCCCUUUACUACCUUCUUCACCUCAGGUGUGAACUCCAAGUCAGCGAGGGUGUUGUUCCUAUUGGUGGUUCCGGGCCACCUGGUGUUCCUCUAUACCAUCUCUCUGCUCCAAGGCGGCCACACUGCCCUCACUGUCACUUUCAUCAUCUGCUACCUGUGUGCUGCCCUUCUCCAGGUGGGUAUCCUCCUCUAUGUGGCUGACCUGAUAGUCCGUCUGAUGUGGAGGAGGAGUCUGGACCCAGACAACUUUUCCAUCCCCUACCUGACAGCCCUGGGAGACCUGCUGGGGACCGGCUUCCUGGCUUUGGUCUUCCGCUCAGUCUCACUCAUGGAGGGGCUGGGACUCUGAAAGGGAUGGAGGUCAUCGGUCUGCUACAGGCCUCUCUGUGCUGUGCCUUCCCAGACCAGGGGUCUGUAUCAUCUCCCUGCCCUGCCUCUCCUCUGCCUUCACCACUGGAGGGAGUUACUCUGCUGGGCGUGGGGAUGGCAGUGUGACUGACUGACUGCACGCACACUCACUCACUCAGCUUACAGUUCAUCAGGAGGUGUGGGUCAUUUCAAACCUCAGAAAGUAUGGGUUGAUGGGACAAACUGCAAACUCAUCCAGGUCCUAUUUCACACACCCCACAUGUCACUUGUGAAUGUGAGACAAUGGAAAAAUCAACACACUAAAUUGAACUUUUUCUGAAAUUAGGGAACGGUUAUUGAUCGAUAAUGGGUGCAUUGUAUGUUGGUGUAUGAAAAUGAAUUUUAACUUGUUUACAGUAUUUCUGGAUGUAGAAUGCAGAGUGGGGCUUGGCAACAUCCCUUUCAUUAUAGACAUAACUCAAAAAACCUUACUUGACUGGUAACUACAGGAACAUUCUGUUGUAGAUCGAAGUAGAAUCAUCUUCAUACAUCACCACCAAUGCGUAGCUUGAAACUACUGCACCCACUGAAAUUGCAACUAGGGUGUGGGAGACAACUGGACCUGUGAAUGUAUCAAGGAUCGAACAUAUUUGAAGGCAAUCAGUAUUAUUUUGUGAUUUUCCUAUGAGCAGCUUACUGUCACAGUGUUAAGUUAAAUAUCUGCAAAUGAAACUUUUACGGAAGGCACUUAAACCAGAGUUACCGUUGGCAUGUCAUCAGUAAUGUGAGAUGGGGUAAGGGCAAAACAUUGAAACUGUUCUCAAAUCUGGUUCAAGGUGUUCGGCGUCUUAUCACAUAUGACAGGACGGGAAACGGUAUCAUAGCAAAGUGCCUGAUAAAGUGUUACUAAUGUUUGUCACAUCUUAAUGUUCAGCAGCAAUCUUAAAUGCAAAAACAAAACCUUAAAGUACACAGUAUCUGUCAAGUCCGUGUAUCAUGAAUGUUACAUGUCAGGUGUGUUUUGUAUAAUCACAAAUGUCUAUUUAAAGAGAAGGUAGCUUUAUUUAAAACAUUGCAAUGUCCCCAUUCACAUGCCUUCUGUACGUUACAACUGUAGUGCCCUCACACAUGGUUAAGGGGCUCGAACAUAAAAAUGAAACAAAAAACUAAUGUAAAUGUAUUCUUUAUUUUGUUUAUCCUACCUUCAUCAACAUUUCAUGAAUUUGAAUCACUUUAAAAUGUACAUACAUCCAUAAUUUCACUACAUUUUAAAGCUCAUUUCAUAGAGAAUAUUACAAUCUGGACUAUACUGUAUCUAGUAACUUACUUCGAAGAGAUGGUCGUUGGGUCAAAAUAGGCAUUUGCAAAAUUCAGUGUUCUUGUCUUUAACUGCCAUUUCCCGAAUGUCAGACUGGACAGAUUUCCCUGUCCAACUCAUUUUUCUCAGCUUUAGAAGCAUCUAAAUUCACCAAAGUGUGUGUGGUUAUCCUUUAGAUAUAUUCUCCGGAAUUACUCAGAGGAAAUGGUUGAUUUGUCACAUAUUUAUUAUAGACUACAUUACAAAUGUUCUAAAAAUGCUUUUUAUGUAAAAGUAUCUGCCAAAAUAUUGGAAACGAGUAAAUGAGGGAUGCAAAGUACAUGGAAAGCAGAUGCUUCCACACAGGUGUGGGUCCUUAUGCUUUAGGGUCCUUAUUUUGGCUAUGCCCCCCAUAGGAUGACAAUGCCCCCAUCCACAGGGCACGAUUGGUCCCUGAAUGGUUUGAUGAGCAUGAAAACACUGUAAAACCAUAUGCCAUGGCCAAAUACAACACGUGUAGGUAGACCUUACCGUGAAAUGCUUACUUACAAGCCCUUAACCAACAAUACAUUUUUAAGAAACUAAAGUUAAGACAAUAUUUAUAAAUAUACUAGAGUAAAAAAAUUAAGUAACAAUAAAAUAACAAUAAUGAGGCUAUAUACAGGGUGUACCGGUACUGAGUCAAUGUGCGGGGGUACGGUUUGUCGAGGUCAUUUGUACAUGUAGGUUGGGGUAAAGUGACUAUGCAUAGAUAAUAAACAGUGAGUAGCAGCGAAUAGUCCAGGUUGCCAUUGGAUUAAUUGUUCAGCAGUCUUAUUGCUUGGGGGUAGAAGCUGUUGAGGAGCCUUUCGGACAUAGACUUGGUACCGCUUGUGUGGUAGCAGAGAGAACAGUCUAUGACUUGGGUGACUGGAGUAAUUUUUUGGGCCUUCCUCUGACACCGCCUAGUAUAUAGGUCCUGGAUGGCAGGAAGCUUUGCCUAAGUGAUGUACAGGGCUGUACGCACUACCCUCUGUAGCGCCUUACGGUUGGAUGCUGAGCAGUUGCCACACCAGGCGGUGAUGCAACCGGUCAGGAUGCUCUCAAUAGUGCAGCUGUAGAACAUUAUGAGGAUCUGGGGACCCAUACCAAAUCUUUUCUGUCUCCUGAGGGGGAAAGUCUUUCGUCGAGAAAGUCGUGCCCUCUUCACGACUUUCUUGGUGUGUUUGAUAGUUUGUUGGUGAUGUGGACACCAAGGAACUAGAAACUCUUGACCCACUCCACUACAGCCACGUCGAUGUGAAUGGGGGCAUGUUGGCCCUCCUUUUCCUGUAGUCCACGAUCAUCUCCUUUGUCUUGCUCACGUUGAGGGAGAGGUUGUUGUCCUGGCACCACACUGCCACACAUAGGCUGUCUCAUCGUUGUCGGUGAACAGGCCUACCACCGUUGUGUCGUCAGCGAACUUAAUGAUGGUGUUGGAGGAGCGCUUGGCCACGCAGUCGUGGGUGAACAGGGAGUACAGGAGGAGACUAAGCACGCACCCCUGUGGGACACCGUGUUGAGGAUCAGUGUGGCAGAUGUGUUGUUGGCUACCAGGAUCCAGUUGUAGAAAGAGGUGUUUAGUCCCAGGGUCCUUAGCUUAGCCCAGGGUCCAUACUUACCCUAAAUGAAGUGACUGAGCCACGAGUUGAGAACCAACGAAAUCUGCUUCCCUCCCUGUUGCAAAUAUUGCAUCAUCAUCCCCUUCAUUUGAGGAAGAUGCCUGAUAAUAUUGUAUUAAUCAAAUGUUUUAAAAGUUGUAAUAUUAAAAUACCCAUCACAUUACACAUUUAGUAAAGACAGGAUGCAUUUGAAAGUUCAUGCACAGUAAAACUUUUGUAGGACUUUAUAAAAUGAUUUUAUCGAUAGAUGGGGGAAAAGGUGCCUGUGCAUUGAUAAGCACGUAAUAACAUAAAUAUGGCACUUGUAAUAGCCCAUUUCACAGCAGAGCCUGCUGAAUUGGCAAGAUAACUUUUCUUUCGUGUUGAUUUCGGCAAAAAUUUAAAUGUGGCACUGACACGCCCAUGGAUUGAUGUUUAAACAUUGGCUCAAUGAAUAGUCACACAAUUUGACUAGCCAUGCAUAGUUACAAGCCUGCUUGAGUUAGCGGCAGGCAGAUGAGCAAUAUCCACAGUUAUAGUACGGAUGAAGCCUGAGCUGGAAUGUGAAGCUAACUGAAGCUGGAUAGCUUUAAAAAUGCCUGAAUAGAUCUAGCUUACUUUGUAGUGUAUACCACUCUGAUCUCAACCCACUUGCACACUUAUGGGCGAUUCUGGAGCAGCACUUGAGACAGCAUUUUCCACAUAGAAAUGAGAAUGAAUAGAACGGGCUUGGAACCUCUAACCCUGGCAUUUGUGAUGUAGUCAUUUCCAUGGUAAUGUAUAAUGUUAAUUCAGAUGAUGCUAACUGACUCAUGGAAUAGAAUUCACUUUUUAAAUUUUAUUUGUAUUGAAUCAACAAAUCACAGCACAGACUGAUGGUUGGACUUCCUGCUUUUACUUCAUUCUUUGCUCUUAUGGGUACCAAAAUAUUUGGGCUGACUUCAUCCAGAAAAAUGUUGAUUGUGUGGUUUAUGAAAAUAUGUGUAAAUUUAAUGAGAACACAAAAUGUGCAUGUUUUAGACAAUAUUUCAGAAAUAUUGUAAUACAAAAAAAGUUGUAUUUUGUGUCUACAUGUAACUGGAAAAAGUUGAUUGUGAUAGGGCGUGGUGCCUGGCCUUAACAUGCCUUUUUCUACACAAUUGCAGAACUAUCAUAUUAUUUAAAUUACCUUUCAUAGACAUUUGAAAUUAUGGUAUCAAAUACUUCAUAAAUGUACAACAAGCAUCAAUAUGUUUUCUGUGGUCUGUGGCUCUGGUCAGUCGCAUUGUAAUAAAAAACACUGAACAGUA